ACUUGGUAUGAAGUAAAAUGAUGAUGAAUGAAUGAACAACAUUAAGCAAAAUCAUUGAAUUCUCAUCUAACACACCUUUACUCCAAAACUUCACCAACCCAAAUUUUUUCUCAUUUAUGAACCCCUCCUAACAUUUGACCACAACACACAUACACACACACUAGAACAAAUUUUUACUAUAUUUUUUUUGGUUGUAAAAAAAAAUUUGAAUUUUUUUUUUUUGUCUUGUUGAAAAUAUAGAGACAAAGCAUUAAUGUUGGAAGUGUGUGUUUUCUUUGUUGGCUUUUCAUGCAAAGGUCAGACAAGGUUCUUGGAAAGUACAACAAACUUUAUGAAUCAAAAAAUGGCGUUGAAUUUUUGAAAAAGGGGAGAUUUUUGAAGUUGUUUGGAGGGGUUUGCUUCUUUCUGAGGAAAAAAAGGAGAGAUUUUUGGAGUUGUUUGGAGGUUUUGCUUCUUUCUGAGUUUUACAUUUGAAGCUAUCUUUCUCAUUUCUUUCAAGAAAGAUUUGAUUUUUAUCCAAUAGUGUAGAACUUAUUGCUUUGUGGGGUUGUGCUAAAAGUGUCUGUUUUGCUGAUUCUUGGUUGGUAGAACAACUUUUGAGUCAAAAAUGGUGUUGAAGUUCUGAAAAGGAGAGAUUUUUGGAGUUGUUGGAGGGUUUUGUUUCUCUCUUUUUCAUUCUGAGAUUUGCAGUUGAAUUGUUUAUCUACAAAUGGGAAUAGGCAUUCUUGGUUCUUUUCUGGUUUUGACAGUGUUCUUUAGGCCUUUGCUUUGUCAACAACCAAACACUGAUGGAUUUUUUGUCUCUGAUUUCCUUUCAAAGAUGGGUGUUACUAAAGUUCACAACUUUUCGACUCACUUUUGUUCUUGGCAAGGGGUGGGAUGUGAUUCCAAUGAAGAAAGUGUUGUCAAUUUGACAGCUAAAAGUUUCGGUUUGUCUGGUGUAAUUCCUGAUAACACCAUUGGUAAACUCACAAAACUUAAGUAUUUGGAUCUGAGUAACAAUAAACUCACUGCUUUGCCUUCUGAUAUAUGGAGUUUAGGUUCACUCAAGUAUCUUAACCUUUCACAUAACAAUAUCUCUGGUGAUCUUUCAAGUAACAUUGGCAAUUUUGGUGUUCUUGAAAUCUUGGAUCUGUCUGUGAACAAUUUUUCUGGAAAGAUUCCAGAAGCCAUUAGCUCACUUGCAAGUUUACGUUCUCUUAAUCUUUGUAAGAAUUGGUUUGAUUCAGAAAUCCCUUCUGGAAUCUUGAGUUGCCGUUCAUUGGAGUCGCUUGAUCUUUCGGAAAACAGGCUCACCGGUAUUCCUAAUGGUUUUGGUUCUGUAUUUCACAAGCUCAAGUGGUUGAAUCUUGCAGAAAAUGAGAUUCUUGGGAAAGAUUCAGAUUUUUCAAGAAUGGAUUCAAUCACUUAUGUCAACAUUUCGGGGAAUUCGUUUAAAGGUUCUGUUGUUGAUCUUUUUACGGGGCCGUUGGAAGUGAUUGAUUUGAGCAGAAAUCAGUUUGAUGGUCAUGUUUCUCAGGUAAACUUCAGUUCCAGCUUCAAUUGGUCUCAUUUGGUUUAUCUUGAUUUAUCUGAGAAUCAUAUUAGUGGAGUGAUCUUUAGAGAGUUGAACAAUGCCCGGAAUCUCGUACACCUUAAUCUUGCGGAUAAUAGAUUUUCACAACAAGAAUUUCCACAUAUCGAUAUGUUAUCUGGCUUAGAGUAUCUCAAUUUGUCUGGAACUAGUUUGAUUGGCCAAAUCCCUCAAGAGCUCUCAUCGUUGAGUCGCUUGAUAAUCCUCGAUAUAUCCAAAAACCGUCUUAGUAACCUCAUUCCUCCUCUGAGCAAUAGAAAUCUCCUGCUUCUUGAUGUUUCAUACAACAAUUUGACUGGUGAUAUCCCAUUACCACUUGUCGAGAUACUUCCAAGGAUGGAGAUGUUCAAUUUUUCUUACAACAAUCUAACUCUUUGUGCGUCUGAAUUCUCCACCAAAACGGUCCAGUCGGCGUUUAUAGGGUCAUCGUAUGGAUGUCCUAUUGCUGCCAACCCUGCUCUUUUCCACAAGAAAGCUCUGAAACAUAGAGGGCUUAAACUUGCUUUGGCAUUAACUUUCUCUAUGGUCUUACUGCUUCUUGGUUUACUGUUCUUGGCUUUUGGUUGUCGAAGGAAAACCACGAUAUGGGCGGUUAAACAGAAUUCUUACAAGGAAGAACAGACUAUUUCUGGUCCCUUUUCGUUCCAGACUGAUUCAACGACUUGGGUUGCUGAUGUUAAGCAAGCAAACUCAGUGCCCGUAGUGAUUUUCGAGAAGCCACUGUUGAAUUUCACAUUUGCAGAUCUCUUAUCUGCGACUUCCAAUUUCGAUCGAGGCACAUUGUUAGCUGAAGGGAGGUUUGGUCCAGUUUAUAGAGGCUUUUUACCAGGCGGUAUUCAUGUGGCUGUGAAAGUUCUGGUUCACGGUUCCACUAUGACAGACCAUGAGGCUGCAAGAGAGCUCGAGUAUCUUGGCCGGAUAAAACAUCCUAAUCUUGUGCCAUUGACAGGAUACUGCCUGGCCGGGGAGCAAAGAAUUGCCAUUUAUGAUUACAUGGAGAAUGGGAAUUUGCAGAAUUUGCUUCAUGACUUGCCACUCGGGGUUCGAACUACUACGGAAGAUUGGAGCACGGACACGUGGGAAGAGGACGAUAACAACAGUAUUCAGAAUGUUGGUUCCGAAGGGUUGUUAACCACUUGGAGAUUUAGGCACAAAAUCGCGCUCGGCACUGCUAGAGCCCUUGCAUUUCUACAUCAUGGUUGUUCACCUCCCAUUAUUCAUAGAGAUGUCAAAGCUAGCAGCGUUUAUCUUGAUAUGAACUUGGAGCCAAGAUUAUCUGAUUUCGGAUUGGCUAAAAUCUUUGGCACUGGACCCGAGGAUGAGAUCACUCGCGGUUCACCUGGUUAUAUUCCUCCAGAGUUUCUGCAUUCUGAAAGCGCCUCCCCUAAAUAUCCUACACCAAAGUCAGAUGUGUAUGGAUUUGGAGUCAUCCUUUUUGAGCUGAUCACGGGGAAAAAACCAGUCGAAGAUUAUUAUCCAGAAGACAAGGAUGCUAAUUUGGUUGGUUGGGUCAGAGGAUUAGUAAGGAACGACAAUGGAUCAAGAGUUAUCGAUCCAAAGAUUCGUGGAACUGCAUCACAGACACAAAUACUUGAAGCCUUGAAAAUCGGUUAUCUAUGCACAGCUGAAGUUCCCGCGAAGCGACCUAGUAUGCAUCAAGUAGUUGGACUGCUUAAGGAUAUUGAACCUGCACAACAAUGAAGAUAAAGAGGACACAAAAACAUUGGCAACAAUGCAAAAUUUUCACCUAUUGUUUUUUUGAGUUAUCCUUGUGUACAGUAGUCCAAUAUUUUUGUUUGCUGCUUUAUGCAAUGUUUCUCAUUUUCCUUUUAACAUUUCCACUGGAAAGUUUUUUAAGUUAUACAAAGUUUUUAAUUUUCAUUUGUC